AUGAACCAGACGCGACAGACUCAUGCGAAAUCGUUCUGUCGGUCGUCGUCCAUGCUCGUGCUCGUCCUUGGGCUCGUGGGUGGGCUCGUCGUGACGGACGUCAAUGCUCGGACGGGGGCGGGUGUACCCCCGGUCAUGGUCAUGUCCGAUCUAGAGACGGACUUGACAGCCGAUUCAGCCACGAGGCCGGCUACGGUACUUCCGGCUGGACACGACGAGGAGGACGACACGAGUGGUUCGUCGUCGUCGUCGUCGUGGAACGUGUCGCGUUUCCAUCGGGGAGGCGUGAGAAGAAGGAGUCGGAUGAGACGUCGUAAGAAGGCGACGACGUCAAGAGCUGUAGGAAGUGAGGGAGUGCCAGCGACGAUCGCGCCUGCUAGUACGGAGACUGGUGCAGAGUCAGAAGUUGCAGCAAGAGAGAUGCUGAAGGGGGUUCCUGGUGCGGUUGGGACGCUGCCGACUCCUGUUGUAGAUGCUUACAAUACUUUGGGUACACCGGAAGCUCCAACUCCAGUCCAAAUGGAACCUUCGGUGCCUGCUGUAGUCUUAGCUGCAGCCCCGACGCCUGCUCCAGUCGCUCCCGAAGUACCAAAGCCUGCCACAGUCCCCACUGAAGCUCCGACGCCAGCUCCAGUCCCAUCUGAAGCAUCAAUGCCAGCUCCGAUCCCGGCUGAAGCUCCAUUGCCAGCUCUUAUUCCAGGUGAAGUUCCAGCUCCAGCUCCUGUUCUACCCGAAGCGCCUACACCAGCUCCGAUUCCACCUGAAGCUGUAAUACCAGCUAUAGUCCCAGCUGACCUUCCAGCACCAGCUCCUAUUCCAGGUGAACCUCCGACACCAGCUCCUAUUCUACCUGGAACUCCAGUCCCAGCUCCAGUUCCGGCUGAUGCUCCGACACCAGCUCCCAUUCCAGGUGAACCUCCGACACCAGCUCCCAUUCCAGGUGGACCUCCGACACCAGCUCCCAUUCCAGGUGAACCUCCGACACCAGCUCCUGUUCCAGGUGAACCUCCGACACCAGCUCCCAUUCCAGGUGGACCUCCGACACCAGCUCCCAUUCCAGGUGAACCUCCGACACCAGCUCCCAUUCCAGGUGGACUUCCGACACCAGCUCCUGUUCCAGGUGGACCUCCGACACCAGCUCCCAUUCCAGGUGAACCUCCGACACCAGCUCCUGUUCCAGUUGAACCUCCGACACCAGCUUCAGUUCCUACUGAAGUACUGACACCUGGUCCUACACCAGCACCAGCAGCUUUGACUCCAACACCGGUACCGAUUCCGGUUGAUGCAGACGUGCCUUUGCCGCCGUACAACCCAACGCCUGAAGCCCUGCCAAAAGUCCCAGCAAUAACGACACCAACGACUGCAGCAACUACCUUACCGACAGAACUUCCUCGUGAAGACAUUCCGUCUCCUAUCGAAGGUUCAUCUUCAAGUAACACGCCCAAUUCAACGACCGAUUCGUUCGACUCGGACGUGACCUCCGCCUCGACUCACUACGAAGACGCGACCCAGGACUUGGUCGACGAGAGCUCAGAUCGGACACCGGACGACAGUUCUUCGACUUCGUUGGUCCUCACGUUCGCGCCAAUUAUAGCGGACCACGCGACCACCGAUUCCUCUGCUGACCCGGAACUCAACCACGAUGUCCAUCAUAGCAAUGCCAGCACAUCUGCUGGCCGGCCGCGACCACUUGGAGGCUGGAAACUCGCGCUCGUCGUGAUCGGCGCUAUUUGUGUCGUCAUCGUCUCCAUCAUCUUGGUGCACAUGCGUUACGUGCGCGUGGCCGCAGCAAACAAGCGCCAUCGAGGCAGUUCUCAGCAACGGGCGCUCGAUUCUUUCUUCCGGCAGAACCGCGUGACCGUCGGUCGCGAAACUGGCAUCUCGUCCGGUGUGUUCGUCACGGACCCGCUCACUCCGCGCGACGAGAUCGCCGUGACGAUGCCAAUGGACGCAAGAUUCCAGACUCAAACGGUCGAUUUUACUGCAGCAGCACCAGUAGCAGCACCCGCGUACGUUCGAAGACCGUACACUCCAGGGGUGCUAGAUACCCCAACCGACAGUCACCAAGGCCAAGAGUUUGACUCGUUCACAGGUCCAGCACCGCUCGCUCUGUCGUCGAGCUCUUCGUCAUUGUACUGGUCCAACUCGGUGUCUUCCGACGCGAACUCGGCCUCGCACGAAAGUCUCGAUCUGUCCGGCCAGUUGCUGCCACCACUACCCGUUGCGAUUCGAGCUGCGCGUACGUCGUCCGUCACGUUUAGCACAGAUGUGAUGAGGGAUACGAAUCGGUCCGAGCAGUCGAGGAGCGGCUUUUCCGUCCGGUUCGCGACGUCAACGUCACCCGACGACGUCAACUGGACGAGUACGUCACAAUCAGAAGGCUUAGGUAGUAGUGCCUUGCCAGUAUCAGCUACAACGUCCAGGACAAGAAAUUGA